AUCGACAGGCGCCUUUGGUUAAGCCACUGUUGUAUCGCGUUCGUUCUUAAAAUAAUCAUUAUUUGCCUUAAUUUUGUUUAAUUAGUGCGGAAGUUUUUUUUUCGUCAUGAGACUACGAAGUUUGACAAUUGUUACGUACGUGUGUUUACAUUUGAUCUUCUUUUUAAUUGAAAAACCGACUUUAACAGCUGCUCAGGAGCCAAUCUUCGAGUUGCCGGUGGAGUUGGUUGGGUUUCCAGUUAUUAUUGUGGCAGUACGAUUGUCCAAUUUUGUUAAGAAACUCGCUUAUUCGUUAAACCCUAGUACUUACGUGAGCAAGCGAGCACGCAGAAGUAUCACAGAAGAGCAAUUAAUCAACAUGAUCGAAGCAGAAAAACGGUUGGUCACAGAACUAGGCGAUAAUGUUUGUAUUUAUCCGAAAGUAUGCUUAUACCAUGCUGAAAGGGCUCGUAAGUCUGGCAAAAGGGAAGUCGAGGUUAAUUGGAACGAAGUUUUUGAGAACUACAAGGCGUCAGAAGAAAAGCAAAAGGAGUAUUACUUCUUGUCUGUUUUCCUGGGGGAUUUCAUCGCAUCUCCGAAGUUUUGCAACCAGCUAGUAAAAAGGGGUCGAGCUUGCAAAGACUAACUUUCAAUAUAAACUAUAUUUAGUAAAUUACAGUAACCCUUUAGUUUUAAUGCCAUAAAUAUAUUUUCUACCACUAGCUAAUAUAAGUAAGUAACUAUUUAUGACACUGACUCCUUCAAAUCGGACUGAUCAGUGUGUAUGUAUUUAAUCUAAUUAAUUGUAAAUAUUUUUAAAAUAUUUAUAUAGGCCGAAUGUGCAAUACCUGUAUAGUUUUUUUUUAUUUUGUCUAUAAAAUCGUUUAUUAAGUUUUA